AUGCACAAGCGCGUCAAGGUGUGCAUCCGGGUGCGGCCUGCGUCCAAGGACCACGCUGGCAUUCUCGUCAGCGAGGCCGACAAGACGAUCAGCGUGCUCCACGAUGCGAAUGGCCACGGCACGUGCUUCAAGUUCGACGACGUGCUCGCGAGUACCGUGAGCCAAGAGCAAGUGUUUGAGCGGGCGGCGCGAGAAGCGACCGAAAGCGUCCUGCACGGCUACAACGGUACGGUCAUGGCGUACGGUCAAACCGGCGCUGGCAAGACCUUUACCAUGAGCGGCGGCAAAACAAGCUUUGCGGACCGAGGCAUCUGCGCGCGGUCGAUUGCGCUCCUUUUCGCGGCCAUCAAGGCGGCGAGAGACUUUACCUACAGCGUGCGCGUCUCGUACAUUGAGAUAUACAACGAACAGCUCUACGACCUCCUCGACUUUAACGACGGCGAGAACCAGGCGCGCGACUUGGUCGUUCAAGAAAACGACAAAGGCCAGACGUUUGUCAAAGGCCUCUCCAAGCCGCUCGUCGAGACGGAAGAGGCGGCCUUGGACUUGCUUUUUCAAGGCGACACGAACCGCACGAUCGCAGAGCACUGCCUCAACAACGCGUCAACGCGGUCGCAUUGCAUCUUUAGCUUGCACAUUGAGAAGCGCAGCGCCGAUGAGAGCGCCAAGAGCCCCUUGGUCGUGAGCAAACUCAACCUCGUGGAUCUCGCCGGCUCGGAGCGCAUGAAGAAGACCCAAGUCACGGGCACGAUGCUCAAGGAGACGAUGCAUAUCAACAAGUCACUGACGUUUCUGGAACAAGUGGUUAUUGCGCUGGGCGAUCAGAAGCGCGAGCACAUUCCGUACCGCCAAACCACGCUCACCAACCUCUUAAAAGACUCGCUCGGAGGCAACUGUCGCACCCUUCUUGUGGCCUGCGUCUGGCCCGACGAGUCCCAGAACGACCAAACGAUCGCGACGCUCAAGUUUGCCACGCGCAUGAUGCGCGUCAAGACGUCGGCGGUCGUCAACAGCGCCGACUCAUCGAGUGCGUCAGUGAAGAAGUAUGUCGACGAAAUCAAACGGCUCAAGACCGAGCUCGCGCUGCACGAUACACUGGCCGGUCGGAGCCACGUGUCGUACGACGCCGCCAUCCCACCCGAGACCGAGGCCGAAAUGAAGACUGCGAUCCACGCCUAUGUCGCAGAUGCCUCGCUGGAGCUGCCCAUCAUCAACGUGGUCCAGAUACGGGCCAUGCUGCGUCUCUUUCGCGAGGUGGCGCUGGCCACAAGUGCUGUCGAGACAAAGCAGCCUCUCACCAUUGCGCCGCCCGACGAGCCGCAAGACGACGACGACGACGACGUGCCGCUCGACCGACACGAUACGGAGCCAGCGCCCUUGUCGGACGACGAUCUCCAGCGCGAGUACGCUGCGCUCAUGCAGACGCAGCUGGACGACGCCAAGCAAAACUUUCGCAAGGCCAAAAAACGCGUUGUGCAGUGCGCCAACGACGUCAAUGUCGCUAAGAGUGAAAUCGACGCUGUGACCAAGGCGCUAAGUGAGACCGAUGACGCGGACGAGGACCGAACACGGCUCGUCCAAGCGCUCCAGCUUGCCAAAAAGUACUAG